AUGUUGAUAUUUGGAGCGCUACCAACCUUGUACAUGGAACUGCUGCUCGGACAACGCAUGGGCAAAGGUGCAAUCGGAAUCUGGGAUAUGUGCCCUAUCUUCAGAGGCAUCGGUCUGGCCCAGGUUACUAUGGCCUUCCUGGUUGCCCUCUUCUAUAAUACCAUCAUAGCUUGGUCGUUCUACUUCUUCUUCGCCUCAAUUACAACUCGGUUGCCGUGGCUACACUGCAAUCCGUUUGCUGGCAGCUCGCCUGAAUGUCGAGACUCUGCCGGUAUCGCCCUCGAUCGAACGGACGCGUCCAACGUCAGUUUGUCGUCAACGGAGUACUUCGAGUAA